GCCGUCCAGACCGGAAGUCCCGGGGAAUUCCCGGGAGUGGCGUUGGGGAAAAAAAUAAAAUAAAAAAAAGAGAACAUCCUUCCGGGGUGAGUCGGCGGCGGCUCAACCAUGUCCGUCCCUUUAUGACUACAGUGGCUACUUCCAGCAGGAUAAUGCACCAUGUGACAUGACAUAAUCUCAUACACGACAAUGGACUCCAAUGGCCUCCGCAGUCACCAGAUCCCAAUCCAAUAAAUCACCACUAGGAUGUAGUGGAACAUCAUGGAUGUGCAGCCGAAUCUACAGAAACUGUGUGAUGUCAUCGUGUCCAUAUGGACCAAAAUCACCGAGGAAUGUUUCCAGCACCUUGUAGAAAGUAUGACACCAAGAAUGGAGGUUAAAGCCUGUUCUAUAAAAGUGUACCUAAUAAAGUGGCUAUCUAUGAUCUUACGUGCAGACGUCUCCUCCUAGUAUAUUCCAGUGGACAUUGCUCCUCGUCCUGAAUGACCUACUGAGGAUGGACAAGAGUAGAAAAAAGAUGAGUGAGACAAUAUUAAACCUCACCUUGGAGAUUGUUUGCCUACUAACUGGAGAGGAAUGCAUAGUGGUGAAGAAAACAUCAGGUGAGAGUGUCUCUUCCAGCAACCGCCCCCGUGCAUCAAAGGGAUGGAGCAAGACCCAGAGCUCCAACCCAGAGCCUCCACCUGUAUCACUGAUCACUGAAAGAAAACAUAAGCAGAAGAUCCUAGAACUCACUAACAAGAUCAUUGAGCUGCUGAAUGGAGAGGAUGCUACAGAUUAUUUCCCCUCAAAGAAGUGGAAGUAUGUAGAAGGACAUAGUGAUCUGUACAGAGAUGACCCAACUGAGAACCAGCAACCUCUUGCAUUACUGGAUGGAUCCAGUGAUGGAAAUACACCCGAGAGAUGUUCCAGUCCACUGCAUUCCCAGGAUUGUCCAGAGAAUCAACAGGCUGAAGAUCUUAUUGAUAUUAAAGUUGAAGUGAUGGAUGAUGAUGAUGAUGAGACAUAUGGGAUGGAUGAUGUGCGGUGUAAAGAGGAAGAAAUACCUGUAGAAAUUACCCCACCUGAUGAAUUGAUUAAAAACUCAGAAGGACGUACAGUUUUUUCACCAGAUUGUAAAGUUGAUGGUAAAAAUAUCACACAGGACCCUUCAGAAGAACGCUUAGUCAACCCAAAUAAACCUUUAGCCCUUCACACUAAAAAUCUGUCUGAUCCUUGCAGCUCUGAAGGAACUUCAUCAAAUCAAUCAAACACUGCUAAACAAAGUGCAAGUCAAAAAGGGGACAAAUUAUUCCCAUGUUCUCAAUGUGGGAAAUUUUUUAAAAGUAAGUCAAGUCUAAUUAAACAUCGGUUAAUUCACUUAGAUAAGAGACCAUAUUCAUGUUCACAAUGUGAGAAGGGUUUUACCCAGAAAUCAGGUCUUAUUAAACAUCAGAGAAUUCAUACAGACGAAAGGCCAUUCUCAUGUUCUGAAUGUGGAAAAUCUUUUACACAGAAAUCAAUUCUUGUUGAACAUCAGAGAGGUCACUCAGGAGAGAAGCCGUUUUCAUGUUCAGAAUGUGGAAAGUGUUUCACUUGGAAAUCUGUUCUUUUUGAACACCAGAAAACACAUACAGGAGAGAGACCAUAUACUUGUGCGGAGUGUGGAAAGUGUUUCACUCAGAAAUCAAAUCUUGUUGACCAUCAGAAAACUCACACAGGGGAGAAGCCUUUUUCAUGUUUUGAUUGUGGAAAAUGUUUCACUCGUAAAUCAGGUCUUGUUCAACAUCAGCGACUUCACACGGGAGAAAAUCCAUGUAUGGAAUGUGGGAAAUGUUUCACCCAGAAAUCAGAUCUUAUUAAACAUCAAAGGACUCACACAGGGGAGAGACCAUUUGUAUGUUUGGUAUGUGGGAAAUGCUUUACCCAGAAGUCAUCUCUUGUUGGACAUCAGAAAUGUCACACAGGGGAGAAGCCAUUUUCAUGUGCAGAGUGUGGGAAAUGUUUUACCCGAAAAUCAGUUCUUGCUGACCAUCAGAAAACGCACACAGGGGAGAGACCAUAUCCUUGUUUGGACUGUGGGAAAUGUUUUGCCCAGAAAUCAGAUCUUGUUGUACAUCACAGAGUUCACACAGGGGAGAAACCAUAUUCAUGUUCAGAAUGUGGGAAAUGUUUUACUCAGAAAUCUUCUCUUGCUGAACAUCUGAAAAUUCACACAGGGUUAAAGCCCUUUUCAUGUUCAGAAUGUGGGAAAUGUUUUACCCAGAAAUCGUCUCUUGUUAAACAUCAAAUGACUCACACAGGGCCAGGAUCAUUUUCAUAUUCAGAUAGUGAAAUGUAUUAUCCAGAAAUUAACUUUAGUUUACCAGCAGAGAAUUCCAUUAAGGAAGAAUCUUUGUUUAAUAUUCAGACUGUGGAAGAUGAUUUACCUAUGGAUCAGACCUGUAAAGACAUAUGAUUCUUUUUCCUCUAAAUGUCCAAUUUUGAGCGGGCCACAGUGGCUUCAAUCAUAGGAUAGAGCUUGAAGUCUUUUGAAGCAGCGACAAUUCAAGUAUCCUAUUCCCUGUCACCGGAUUAAUAAAAUAAAAUGGGCUAAGAAGGCUAUAUGAAUUUCCUUAGUUUUAGGAGUAAGCCUACAAUAAACUUUUCGGUGUCAGAUGUUAAAGCAUAUCGGUUGUUUCCCAAGAUUUUAAAAAACCUGCAUGGUUUUGGUAGACUAGCCCCCUUCAGAGUGAUGACAAGGUUAUUUUAGCUCUCUCACUGCUGUUAUUAAGCCCCUAAGACUCACUUCCAUGGUGAACCACUCUUUCUCGAUCUCUCUGUUUUAGAGCUAGGCCAUUUGACAGUUACACACAGUUACUUCUUUCCUUACUUUUCUGGCCAAUCACAGCACUUACUUCUCUCUUUUAUGCGAUUGACAUAAUGGAGGUAAAAGUGAACAGAACAGGCUGACUUUGUGCUGGGAGUAAAUCACACAGUACACUACUAUAGAUAGCAUGUGGGGAGAAAGAGGAUACUGAUGCACUCUACU